GAAACACACGGUCGUGGCCAUGUCUGUUCUGCUUCCGAUGUAUCCUCUCCAAUCCUUGGCCAGAAGCAAGAGAUUGUUUCCGAUUCGAACCAGAUCAAAACCGGUUUGUUUAGCACUGACCAAUGCUCAAACAAACGGUGGUGACCAAGAGGAGAAAGUAGUGAUUGUUGGCGCCGGGAUUGGCGGACUUGCCACUGCCGUUUCACUUCACAGGCUUGGAAUCCGGUCGGUGGUGUUGGAGCAGGCAGAGUCGCUUCGUACUGGUGGAACAUCACUGACGCUAUUCAAGAAUGGGUGGCGCGUUCUUGACGCCAUUUCCGUCGGGCCUCAACUCCGAACGCAGUUUCUUGAAAUCGAAGGGUAGAGUUUCUUUCUGCCCAUAUCAAAAAGUGAGAAAAUUGGUUCUUGGUUUUAGCUGAGUGUGUUGGUAUGAUCAGCUGAGCAGGAUGGUAGUGAAGAAGGAAGAUGGAAGAGAGCUUCGUUCUUUCAAAUUCAAAGACGAUGAUCAAAGCCAAGAAGUUCGGGCCGUGGAGAGGCGAGUACUCUUGGAAACACUUGCAAGCCAGCUUCCUCCACAAACCAUUCGGUUUUCCUCAAAACUGGAAAGUAUACAAAGCAAUGCCAAUGGUGACACUCUCCUUCAACUUGGAGAUGGAACCCGGUUGCUUGCACAGAUUGUUAUUGGUUGUGACGGUAUCCGGUCUAAGGUUGCAACUUGGAUGGGGUUCAGUGAGCCGAAAUAUGUUGGCCAUUGCGCUUACCGUGGUCUUGGGUUCUAUCCAAAUGGACAGCCAUUUCAGAAAAAGGUGAACUACAUAUACGGUAAAGGGAUUAGAGCUGGAUAUGUACCUGUAUCUACAACAAAAGUCUACUGGUUCAUCUGUUUCAACAGCCCAUCUCUAGGGCCCAAAAUUACGGAUCCAGCGAUCCUAAAAAAACAAGCCAAAGAACUGGUUAGUACAUGGCCAGAAGAUCUGCAAAACCUCAUCGAUUUAACACCUGAUGAAACUAUCAGCAGAACUCCUCUAGUAGACCGGUGGCUAUGGCCUGGCAUUGCUCCUCCAGCAUCAAAAGGACGAGUGGUUCUUGUUGGAGAUGCUUGGCACCCAAUGACUCCAAAUCUUGGACAAGGUGCUUGUUGUGCCUUGGAAGAUUCAGUAGUUCUGGCAAAUAAACUUGCCAAUGCAAUAAAUGGAGGAACCGAAUCAAUUGAAGUAGCAAUGGAAUCAUACGGGAGUGAGAGAUGGUCUCGAGCAUUCCCGUUGACAGUACGUGCAAACCUAGUUGGCGCACUUCUGCAAUGGGAGAAUCCUCUAGUGUGUUCCAUUAGAAACAAUAUUGUCAUACCAAAGUUACUGAGGCUUGGACCAAUGCUUGAACACACAAACUUUGAGUGUGAACCUCUCUUUGUUUCUAAAAGCUGAAUUUCGUAUAUAUAGUGAGAUCCAUUGAAUAGAGAGACUUGAACAAUGUAUAAUCAUAGGAACAAUAUAAACUCUGUGAUUGAAUGUAAA